GGUGGUAAACCUGGAUCUCCGGGAGAGAGUGUGGAUUCAGGGCGGGAGGACGGGACUGAUCCGGGUCCGAGUCCCGAACUAACCACAGAACCGAGCCGGGCCCGAGCCCGCGGAACACCGGGAACUUUCCUGGACCGGGAACCGGGACCCGGAGCCGCGGCCCGUCCGGACCCGACCAGAACCAGAACCAGAACCAGAACCAGAACCAGAACCGGGACCAGAACCGGGACCGGGACCGGACCGAGCGGCUCCGAACUUUCUACACACUUUUCCUUUGAAAAGCGUUUCAUCCUCCUCUUCCUCCUGGAAGCCCCGCCCCCCGAUUGGAAGCCCCGCCCCCACAGGUCUGGAAGCCCCGCCCCCUGACCUCCGACCCCAGGAGGAGGGCAGGGCGUCUCCUGGAGGCCGUCCAGCCCCCGGCAUGGAGGUCUAAGGACCAGGAGGUCCAGGAGGACCUGAACCAGGACCUGAACCAGGACCUAAACCAGAACCAGGACCAGAUCCAGCAGGAUUAUGGGGAAGGAGCAGGAGCUGCUUCAGGCCGUGAAGACCGGAGACCUGAACUCCACCCAGAAGCUGCUGGCCAAGCUGAAGACCGGCAGGAACAAACUACUAGGAUCCACCAAGAGGCUGAACGUGAACUACCAGGACUCUGACGGGUUCUCCUCCCUCCACCACGCGGCUCUAACCGGAUCCUCGGAGCUGCUGACGGUUCUGCUGGAGGCCCGGCCCACGGUGGACAUCCGGGACAGCAACGGCAUGCGUCCGCUCCACUACGCCGCCUGGCAGGGGAAGUCUGAGUCGGUUCUGCUGCUGCUGCGGUCGGGAUCCUCGGUGAACCUGGUGUCGCUGGACGGACAGAUCCCCCUGCACCUGGCGGCCCAGUACGGCCACUACACCACGUCGGAGAUGCUGCUGCAGCACCAGUCCAAUCCCUGUCUGGUCAACAAGGCCAAGAAGACUCCUCUGGACCUGGCCUGCGAGUUCGGCCGCGCCAAGGUGGCCCAGCUGCUGCUGAGCAGCAACAUGGCUGCGUCUCUGCUGGAGGGCGACAGGAAGGAGCCGUCGGACUCGGGCUUCACCACGCCGCUGCACCUGGCGGCCCGGAACGGACACAAGGACGUCAUCACGCUGCUGCUGAAGGCCGGCAUCGACGUGAACAGAACCACCAGGUCCGGGACGGCUCUGCACGAGGCCUCGCUGUACGGGAAGACGGAGGUGGUGAAGCUGCUGCUGGAGGCCGGCGUGGACGUGAACAUCAGGAACUCCUACAACCAGUCAGCGCUGGACAUCGUUAACCAGUUCACCACGUCGUCUGCUGGACGAGACAUCAAGCAGCUGCUGAGAGACGCCACCGGGUUCCUGCAGGUCCGAGCUCUGAAGGAUUACUGGAACCUCCACGACCCGACGGCGCUGAACAUCCGGGCCGGAGACGUCAUCAUGGUCCUGGAGCAGCACCUGGACGGACGCUGGAAGGGCCACAUCCACGACAGCCAGCGGGGGACGGACCGGGUCGGAUUCUUCCCCCCGACCGUCGUGGAGGUGAUCAGUCGGAGAAACGGGGGCGCUCUCUCCCGCCACGCCUCCCUGCCCACCCAGCCGCCCAGAGCCCCGCCCCCCUCCUGCCUAAGCUCCGCCCCCCACACCGACGACCCCUACAGCCUGUACGCUAACGGGCUAGCCGCCGCCGCAGGUCCGUCCUCCGGGUCCGGGUUCGAGUCCGGGUUCGAGUCCCCGUCCGGGUCCGGAUCCUGGUCUGAGUCCGGGUCUGGGUCCGGGUUCGAGUCCAGGUGUCCCUUCCAGGACAUCUGGGUCCUGCGGGACUCGUGUCAGGCCGGCGACCGCAGCAGCGUUAGCAGCACCGGCAGCGCCGCUAGCAUCCGCAGCACCCGCAGCGCCGGCAGCGGCCAGAGCACCGAGAGCAGCAGCAGCACCGCCGUCACCGGAGCCGCGCUAGCGCUAGCGACGGCGCCCCCUGCUGCCGACGCCGACCCGGGACCCCCGGACCCCCCCGGAGGGUUGACGCCGCGCCGCCAGCCCGUCUCGCUGCAGCGAUCAGAACCAGCUAGCUUCUCCCAGCAGUUCAUCCGACCCCAGCAGCUGCUGGAGGGGAAGGACGGGGAGGCGAUCCACCAGUGGCUGAGUGAGUUCCAGCUGCAGCAGUACACGGAGAACUUCCUCAGGGCUGGAUAUGAUGUUCUGACCAUCAGCAGGAUGACGCCUGAGGACCUGACGGCCGUGGGCGUCACCAAACCCGGACACCGGAAGAAAAUCUCCAUGGAGAUCGGCCAGCUGGAGCUCCCUGAUUGGCUGCCGGAGUUCAUCCCCGCCGACCUCAGCGAGUGGCUCGGAGCGAUCGGACUCCCCCAGUACCAGCAGCAGCUAACGGAGAACGGCUACGACUCCAUUAGCAUCGUCAAGGACCUGAGCUGGGAGGACCUGCAGGAGAUCGGCAUCACGCGGCUGGGUCACCAGAAGAAGCUGAUGCUAGCGGUGAAGAAGCUGUGCGACGUCCACCGCGCCGCCGUCCUGCAGGGGGAGUCGGGCACCGGCACGCUGCGGCGUAAAGCCCCCGGGGCCCCCGUAGGGGCCGCCGUGGGGCCCCCUGGGGCCCUGCACCUGGUGGCCAUCGAGGCCGGCGACGGCGACGGCUCGGCGCCGCACACGCCCAAGAUGCUGAGCUUCCAGGACAGCGAGCUGAGCACCGAGCUGCAGACGGCCAUGGCCGGCCCCUACGGGCCCCCCGGGGCCCCCGAGGCCCCCGCAGGGGCCCGGUUCAGCCCCCGCGGCUGGUCCCAGGACGGCCACACGUUAGCCUCCGUUAGCCCCCGCGGCUGGUCCCAGGACGGCCCAGACACUCGGGAGAGGAACCUCCCGGAGGGCCGGGACCCGCGCCCGCUGAAGCAGGUGCCGCUGGGAACCGCCACCGUGUUCAAGUACCCGGCGGUCGCCGCUAAACCCGCGCCGCCGCUGUCCGGCUCGCCGCGCGGCUUCAGCUACCUCCACGCCCGCUGCGGCUCCGCGGAGCCGGCCGCGCCGCCCAAACGGCGCUGCCAGAGCGCGACGCGCUACGCCCUCUCCGACGGCGAGCCCGACGAGGACGACGACGACGAGCUGGCCGUGCCGCCGGGCAACGUGCCGUCGUACGCCACGCUGAGCCGCCGGCCCGGCCGCGGCCCCGAGAAGGGCGGCGGCGCGGUGGGACGCAGCCAGUCCUUCGCGGUGCGCGCCCGGAGGAAGGGGCCGCCGCCGCCCCCGCCCAAGCGGCUAAGCUCGGUUAGCAGCACCACCAGCGGCGAGCUGAGCGACGGCAGCACCUCCUCGUCCUCUGGCGCCGGCGUGGUGACCGACAGCCCCGGCAGCGUGAGCGUGAGGAGCAUCGCGGCGUCCCUGGAGGGCCCGGCCCCCGCGGCCCCCCCGCCGGAGCCCCCCCGGCCCCCUGACCCCCCCGGGGCCCGGAGGCGGGUCCAGAGCGAGUGCGUCCCCGACCGGGCCGUGGCCGAGCCGGACCGGGGCCCAAAGUCGGACUCGGAGGAGGACGAGUCGCGGGGCGGGGGGCCCUGGGGGGGGGCCCUGGAGGGGUCGGCGUCCCCCCAGAACAGCUCCGGCGAGUGCAUCCCCUUCGCCGAGGAGGGAAACCUGACCAUCAAGCAGAGGCCCAAGGCCCCGGGGCCCCCCCGGGCCGAGGCCGUGCUGGAGCCCCCCCAGGCCGGGGCCGACCCGGCGUCCCCCGAAACACCGGCCCUGGAGGUGCCCGAGUUCAACCUGAAGGAGUCGGACACGGUGAAGCGCCGACACAAACACAAGGACAAGGAGGAGGCCGGGGAUUCCCUGGCCGGGGAUUCCCUGGCCGGGGACUCCCCCACUGCGCUAGGAGUAGGCGAGGCUAGCGCAGAGGCUAGCGCCGAGACGCCGGCACCGGUCAAACCUCCUCCGUCCCCGAAGCCGGCCAUCGCCCCAAAACCCAUCCGGACCAGCAUCCUGGCGGCGCAGGGACUUCCGUCCCCCACGGUGACCGUCAGCGCCGUCCAGAGCGUGGCCUUCUCCUCCCCGCCCUCGCCGGCUCCCCCGGGUCGUGGAUCCCCAGUUCGGGGGUCGCCGGCCCGGGGGGGUUCCCCUGCCCGGGGAUCCCCAGUUCGAGGGUCCCCGGUUCCAUCCCCGACCCCCCAGAGACACCAGGGCCUCGUCCCCGAGGCGUCCACCGGGACGGAGAUCGUCCACCAGAGAUUCGACCAGACCAGCCCCUCCCUGGCGCCGGCCCGGGGGGGUUCCCCGGUCCGGGGGUCGCCGGUUCGGGGGUCGCCGGCCCGGGGGGGUUCCCCGGCAUUGGGGGGUUCCCCGGCCCGGGGUUCCCCGGCUCGGGGGUCCCCAGUUCGGGGGUCGCCGGCCCGGGGGGGUUCCCCGGUUCCAUCCCCGACCCCCCAGGGUCUCGUGGUCCACCAGAGACUGGACCAGACCAGCACGUCCCUGGCGGCGGCCCUGAAGGCCGUGGAGAGGAAGCUGGAGGACUCGUCGUCUGACGGCAGCAAGUCCGGCUCGGUCCGGUCGGCGGGAAACAUCCUGGACGACAUCGGCAGCAUGUUUGACGACCUGGCGGACCAGCUGGACGCCAUGUUGGACUGAGAGGAGGAGGAGGGACUUCCCAGCAUUCCUAGCUGCAGGACUUCCCAGCAUUCCUAGCUGCAGGACUUCCCAGCAUUCCUAGCUGCAGGUCCGGGGACUUCCUGGUCCAGGUCCUGGUCCUGGUUCUGGUCUUGGUUCCUGAACACCAGCACUUCCAGAACUAAAACCCAAAAAACUCCCAGACCAAGUCUGGUUCCAGUCGCCGUGUCAGACUCUUGUUGCUAUGACGACAAGCCCCUCCCCCUUAUUUUUAUCCUGCAGUAAAUACAACUUUUUUUUGUGAUAUUUUAGAAAAAAGACGUCAGAGAUAAAAAAAAAAAAAAACGAUUUAAAAAUAUGGUGCCAAUUCUAACCACCGAUUCCGUUCUGCAACAUUUUUCUUUCCGUUGUUUUUUCAGGUCAUUGAUGUUUUGUUUUUUUGUUUUUUUUUACUGUUUUUUUGUAUUUCAAUUAUUUAUUCACACAUUUUAAGACCCACAGAACAAAACAUGUUUUCUUCGCCAACAAAUGACACUAAAAAGUGCUGAAAUGAUGUCAAACUUUGUACAUAAACGACCAACAGAGACGUUGUUUCUGCCGCCCCCUGGCGGCCGAGCAGAGACACUACACGCCUUUUACUCAGCAGUAGAAACGUCUUCCUUUCAGACGUCACUUUAUAUGAACUUUACUGAGUAUUAGGUUAUAUUAGAAAUAUUUGAGAGGAGGAAGAUUUGUUUUUAUUGUGCACUUUGAGGAAAAAGUUGAAAUGUCGAGAUUAAUGUUGAAAUUUCGAGAACAAUGUUGAAAUACAAUUUUAAGAAUAAAGUUGAAAUUUCGUGAAUAAAGUUGAAAUACAUUUUGACUUUUUUCUCGAAGUGCAUAAUGAAAAACAAAUGUUCCUCUAAAAUAUUAUUUUUAUUUUUCUCCUGCCGAGCGAACAAACCUGGAGCUCUGACGUCACGUUAGCGAAACAUAGCUACGCUACAAAAGUCCAAACAUUUCAAGUUUUAAUAUUUAAAGAAAAAUAUCUAUUUUCUACUGAAGAUGUUUGUACAAAGGGAAGGG